AAAUAAAACGUUGGAAAAGUGUUCACACACGAAAUACGAUUAUACGCUGUGUAGUUUGUUUUUUUUUUUAUUCGGGAAGAGAAUCAAAAACUUGAAAGCAGCAACAGUAACAUAACGAACAGCCGACAUCGAGAGACGUAACAAGAUGAAACAAUAAAAUUGAGGAAAAGAACUCUUACACAUUUCGAAGCAACAGGUCAACCGACUUACCGAUUGCAGUUUUUAUCUCAAAUGAUGAAAAAAGAAGUGUACACAGAGAGUACGUUCAGAUAAAUGUUUUUUUUUUCUUUUUGUGUUUGCUUUUCUACUCUUCAUCCAGAAAAGUGCUGUGAUUUUAAUUCUCAGUGAAUUUAUCGGGAUCCCAAAAGUGAAAUAACGCAGAAAAAGUGAAACUACUUUAAAUAGAUUUUUGUGCUACGUGAAAACAAUCAAGACAACGAAUGAAUUUCAAUUGUGUUUGUGCAGACAUUUGAAGCUUGAAAAGUGCAUAUUGAAUUGUUUUUUAAAUUUACAACAGAAACGAAAACGUAUUGGCGAACUUAGUUCACGAUUUGAUUAGAUAGAAGAAAAAAAUGUCGAUUCGUCGAUGUACUGCACAAUUUUUAUUCCACCAACAGCUAUUUGUUGUAACGAUGAUGGCCUGAAACGUGUGUGGUUUCUUGUGAGAGAUACAUAAAAAAGAUAAUUGAUACACAAAUAAAAAAAACUGCAUUAAUCAAUAAAUAAGACUGGUUUAUUUACCUGGCACUCAAGAGAGAAAAAGAGAGAGAGAGAGAGACGCGCGAAGACAGAGCGAAAAAAAAGAUCGGAAGUGAUAAAUCAAAAUAGUUGAGCGACAACAAUGCAGCGAGAUCACCUGUUCAAUCGGUCAACACGACCAUUGCUGGAUUCAUCACCAAAAGGUCAUUAUCAUGCACCAACCGCGACAAUUAUCCAGCAAACAAAAAAGCCAAAACAGACGAUAGGAAGCGAUUACAAGCUAAUGCACGGUUUUAAUGAUUUCAAUUUUGUGGCGAACCAAUACAAAAAUCUGAGUAACACACACACUGGCUAUCCGUAUGGUAAUAAUAGUCCGCCCGAUUCACCGAAUGCUUCAUCGUUACGCUAUCAUCAAUCGAAUGGAUACGAUGACAAUACCAGUGGUCAUUUGCCGUAUUAUGAUGACGAUUCUGGUUUUCAUACCAAUAAUUCAAGCGAAAAUUUCAGUUGCCGCAGCAAUCAUUCUCAUUCACAAUCAAUGAAUUACUAUGAAGAUCCAAACGACCAAUAUCACAAUCAAUUCAAUGGAAAUCAGUAUCAAUUGCACAAAGAAAUUCAAUCAUCACAAAAUGUCAUUCAAAAAAAGAGUGGCUUCUUCAAAGAAUGGUCACGUUUUGGUGGCAACAGUGGCAAUGGUAACAGCAGCACCAUCACCACCAACAACAAAAACAGCAAAACACAUCACAAAAUUACAAACAGUACAAACGACAACGGAUUCCAACAAUCGCCCGAGCCAAUGCAUAAUAAGCAUCAUCAUCAUCACCAACAACAAUACAAUUGCAAUAAAAUCAACUCAAUCACACCAAGCCCUGUGAAUCGUUUGCUUGACAAUGGUCCAUUUAUAUUCGGCGUACAUUCUCAAGCAUGCUAUUCACUGCCGUCCAAAGUAAAAAACGAUUCUGUGAUAAAACAUUCUACGGCAACAUCUGUUCUAACAACCAAAUACACACCAAUCGAUCCGGAUGCAAAUAUCGAAGACGCAAACGAUUUAUAUCGUCGAUGUGAUGCAGCGGUAAUCGAUGACAAUGCACAAAGCGCUAACAGACGUGUGUUAGAUACAGCAGCCGUUGCAAAUGCCCCAGCGAAAGAGCAUGAUCGACGACUUAAGAAAAAAACUGAAAAAUGCCGAACCAAAACAGAAGCAUCGAAGAAGACUAAAAAGAGCCAAAAGAAAUCGGGCAAUGCAAUCAAGUGUGUUGUCGUUGGUGACGAGAAGGUAGGAAAAACGAAUCUAAUAUUGGCGUAUUUGCAGCAUCGUUUCACAACAGAACAUGUGCCAACCGCAUCCGACAUUUACAACUUUGAAGUAAAGGUGGAUGAGAAUCCUGUAAAAGUGGAGUUGGCCGACACAGCGGGACAAGACUUUUUAGAUCCAUUGCGACGUUUAUGCUAUCCGGACAGUGAUGUAUUUUUACUGUGCUUUUCGGUCAUCAAACCGGACACAUUUGUAGCGGCACGUGAAAAAUGGGAGCCAAUCUUUCGUAAAACGCACAAGCCCAUUGUCAUCAUUGGUACACAGUCUGAUCUGCGAAGCGAUUCGGGAGUUAUUUCAAAAUUGUUGGCAAAAAAUGAAAAACCUGUUUCAUCUGCUAUUGCAUGGGACUAUGCGACAUCGAUUGGUGCAAAAUAUAUUGAAACGUCGUCUCGAGCAAAUUUAAAUGUGAAAGAGGCCUUCGAUACAGCUAUUUGGCAUGCGCUUGUGUCAAUGAACGAAAGAAAAAAACCACCACUUUGGAAGCGAUUACUCUGCCUGACCUAAAAUCAUUUCACUGCUGUAAUUGGAUUCAAAUUAAACGAAUUUCCACUUUUUUCGUCCUUUAAAAACAUACAUAUUAAGUAAAAUGUUGUUCAUAGCUAUGUAUUUUUUUUAUUUUGAAAUUGUAAGUGAUAAAUGUAUCAGCAAGAGAAUCACAUAGUUAUAAUUACCUUUACACAUUCCGUUUUUUGGAAAAAAUUACGAAACAUUCGAUGACGUUCUGUACAUUUUAGCAUUUAUAUGUGUAAGGAAAUUACAAAUACAUUUACGAAAUUAUUGGUAUUGAAUAAUAAAUUUAAAAAAAUCAA